AUGGUUGUCUUUCGGUCAUCACCUCUCAUCCGCACUUUUUUCACCGCUCAACAAUCCACCAGAGUAGCCGGCACCAGAGCUUCAUCGCGGGUUUGGCAGCAGGUAUCAAGAAGGACAUAUGCCUCCGGCCUCGAGGUUAAGAAAACCAGUGAUUUGCCAUGGCUAAUCGGAUCAGUUGCAUUCACUGUUCCAGCCGCUGCAUAUCUCCUCUCUGAGAGCCCGAAGCCAGUCCCAGAAUCCCAUAAGGACCCCGAGGAACCGCAAUUAACGGAGAAGCAAGCGACUACAAAAUCUGAAGAAAAGGAAGAGAUGAGCGCUGCUGAGCCUGUACAGGUUGAGAAGGAGCCGGAUGAACCCCAAAAAGCGUCAAUUCCUGCCGAGCUUGAGAAGGGGGAAGCCAAGCCAGAGAAGGGAGAGGCCGAUGAGAAUGAAUCCGAUGACGAUGGACCUGCAACUCCUUCAACCGAGCAAUCUGAAGACGAAGGGGCCAAACCCAAUUAA